AUGGCUAGAAGGAAAAUUCAGAUACCUUUCUGGAACGCUUUGGUCGUUGCGUCGACUGCCAAGUCCUCGGAGGGCGGAAACCUAGGAGGCGGCAAGAAGCGGCAUUGGGCUGUCGCUCUGGGUUGGGCAUUCGGCGAGAGGGUCUACAAUAGCGGCCGAAGACCGCGGCCCCGUUUUCUCGUGGAAUUUCCAAGUAUCCCACCCGCGACGUCGACUACGUCGAUGAAGGUAGCCAUACGGCGUUCUAGACACGGACAGACGCCGAACAGUUGGAUGCACACGGCCGGGGAUGCCGUGGCGUUUGUGCACGUUUUGUCUAUGCAUAGGAUGGUUCCGAGAAGGCGCGGGGCCGAAGGGGGGGAGAAUAGCGAGAGAAUAUGUCAAUGGGUGGAGCCAAUCAUUACCGUGAUAGACAAUUUUUCUUUCUUACCGUACGGAUACAACCGUCGCCAUUUCUUCUCUCUCUCGGAGGCACCGCGCCUUCGGAUGGGCUUAAGUCCAGACUGUCCAGCCCCAGUGACAUCAUACCCGGUGUUAACCUUCCUCCUACUGCGCAUGGCGCGGUUCAGGAAGAUCAUGGCAAACUCUGAUUUGCUGUGUACUCUACGGAGUAAGGUCGGUAGUGCUCUGCUCGAGCCAUCCGGAGGACUGUGGGUGUGCAGAAACUCUGCGAAAAGUUCGAUUGAGUGUUCCUUCCCGGAUGGAUUGAAGUUGGUAGCCUUAUUGGAUGACGGAAGUCUAAUCCAUGGUCUCCUCUCACUCUAUGUUUUGCUGCUUGCAUGUAUGCGUCUGUCUAUAGGUACAUUAAACUUUGGCCAAGAUGGGAGCCCCACCUUGCCCAUCCCUCGGCUGGGUUCCAUCACCACCAAGAAGUCGAGAAUUCCCAGGUUGCAGUGCCGGCUACCGCCUCCGGCCCCGUCCGGGCCCACAUUCCAGGUUGUCUUUCCUCCUUUCUGCAGUGUGCGGCCCGAAGUUUUCGUAUGGGCAAUGGGCGCGCAAGCAAAAAUUGCACGGCAAAGAAGGAAAUCUCAGCAGGCAUGUUGCGCCCGUGGAUUUUCCAUGGAUCCCUCUUUCUUUAGGCCUCCCCAAGUGGGACUUUGCCGACCCCAUUUGCUACCUUACCGUACCGACCCAGGUAUUGUGGUAUUCGAGUACUCGCACCCGACAUUCUUUCCCCCUUGGCUUGGUCACCCGGGAGAUGUACCGGCUCCCAUCCAUCAGCUGAGAACAGAGUCAUUCAUACCUGACUUGACAAAUCUGAUUUUUUUUUCUUCUCCAUCCUCGUUUUGCUCCGUCUUCCUAUACAAAUUCAUUGUUCAUAAGACGAAGGGACCACCCAACUUGUCCGAUCGCGCAUCUAGCAUCUCCAGUCAUACCCCUCCUGCGAAUACAUCCACGAGCACUUCCUGUAAUUGUCUCCGAUCUAGAGCUCCCCCGAAUCUGACUGGCGCUUACAUUGCAUCGGGAGACGGCCCUACAUCAUAUCACCGACCCUUUAUUCCACAUUACACUAGAUUGACCUCUUUGCUCACAUUCUCCGCGCCCAAGAAAACCAGCAUCAGCAUCUCAAAACAACAUCCAAACCAACACCCAACCCGCACAUUGCGACCUCGUCCAACGAUGGCAAUGGACGAAGUCGACCGCGAAAUCGCGGACGCCGAGCGCGCCGCCUCUCCAAACCGCUACCACGGCCGCGAAAGCCACGAGAUCGAACGGGUCCUCUCCGCCUCCUCUUCCUCAACCUCCUCAUCCACGGCCUCGCACACGGGCGACCGCACCGCCGCGUAUCGCACCGGCACCGGCAUCAGCCGCGUCUCGACCCAAAAUGACCUCGAGCGUCACCCGACGGCCCUGAGCCGCAUUGCCACUGCCCGCAGCCAGCACUCCAACACCGUCGGCCGCAGCAUCAAGAGCAGGGAGUCGAGGAGGCCUCUGCCGGCCAUGGGCGCAGGCAAGCCGUACCCGCCACCUUUGCCGGAGCAGGAGGACUACGUUGUGGAAUUUGAUGGCCCUGAAGAUCCUCUGCACGCGCAGAACUGGCCGAUUAAGAAGAAGUUGCUUACAGCCGCAAUGCUUGGCUACACCACGAUGACGUCGGCUUUCACCUCGAGUAUCUUUUCAGCAGCGACGCAAGUCAUCGCGACAGAAUACAACGUCUCCGCGACUGUCGGCACCCUCGGCGUCUCCUUUUACGUCCUUGGCUUCGCCUUCGGCCCAACACUCUGGGCGCCCCUUUCCGAGCUGAGGGGCCGCCGACUGCCCCUCGUCCUCUCCAUGUUUGGCUUCUCCAUCUUCACAAUCAGCUGCGCCGUCGCCAAGGACCUCCAGACCAUCUUGAUAUGCCGCUUCUUCGCCGGCUUUUUCGGCGCGUGCCCCCUGGCCGUCGUCGCCGCUGUCUUCUCCGACAUGUUUGACAACCGCACCCGCGGCACCGCCAUCACCGUCUUCUCCAUGGCCGUCUUCACCGGCCCACUCCUGGCGCCCUUUAUCGGCGGCUUCAUCGUCGAGUCGCACCUCGGCUGGCGCUGGACCGAGUACAUCCCCUCCUUCAUGGGCUUCCUCGCCUUCUUCCUCGACCUCUUCUUCCUCGAGGAGACGUACCCGCCCGUCAUCCUCGUCAGCAAGGCCUCGGAGCUGCGCCGCCGCACCCGCAACUGGGGCAUCCACGCCAAGCAGGAGGAAAUCGAAAUCGACUUUAAGGAGCUCGUCAACAAGAACUUUUCCCGCCCCAUGCGCCUCCUCUUUGGCGAGCCCAUCGUCACCGCCUUGUCCGUCUACAUGGCCUUCAUCUACGGCCUGCUCUACCUCUUCCUCACCGCCUACCCCUUCGUCUUCCGCGGCGUUCACGGCUUCGGCGCGGGCCAGUCGGGUCUCACCUUCUUCGGCAUGAUCACUGGCCAGCUCAUCGCCGGCGUCACCGUUCUCCUCCAGCAGCCGUGGUACCUCCGCAAGCUCAAGGCCAACAACGGCGUGCCCAUCCCCGAGUGGCGUCUCCCCAGCGUCAUCGCCGGCGGCGUCUUCUUCGCCAUCGGCAUCUUCUGGUUCGGCUGGUCCGGCUACCGCGCCGACGUCCACUGGAUCGUGCCCACCCUCAGCGGCCUCUUCACCGGCUUCGGCCUCAUGUCCAUCUUCCUCCAGGCCCUCAACUACCUCGUCGACGCCUACCUCAUGUUUGCCGCCUCCGCCAUCGCCGGCAACACCUUCCUCCGCUCCCUCUGCGGCGCCGGCUUCCCGCUGUUCGCGAGCUACAUGUUCAACGGCAUGGGCAUCCAGUGGGCCUCGACCUUGCUGGGCUGCGUCGCCAUCGCCCUCGUGCCAAUCCCCGUCAUCUUCUACAUUUGGGGUCACAAGAUCCGCGCCAAGUCUGCGUACGCCCCGACUUUCGCCGCGCCCGCCGACGAGCCUGAUGAGGAGGACCUGGCGCCUGCGCCGCUGAGCAAUGGACACACCAGCCACCACCAGGACAACGAGAAGCCGCCGUCCAUUGCCGCGAUGGAAGCGAGCAGAGCUAGGACGAGCGGCGACAAGGCUGAGAAUGCUACCCCGCAAAUCGGCAUUUCAGCCCAGGUCCCAUGUGGUGGCGUCCGUACCUUUGUGUCGGGACCCUUGCCCGCAUCUUUUGGAUCCCCCAUUCGCAGGGCGCACGUCGCGGUGACAUGGCCCGAUGCGGCAGGUCGAACGAUGCCGGACGAUGGAUCCCGUCGCGCCUGUCUAUUUCUGUACCCGUCCGCCUAUCCAUACCAAUCUAUAUUGACAACUCGACGUACAGAAGAGCUGAAGUUUGGUGCAAUUAGAUACUGCCUGUACGUGGUGAAGUUCACGGGGUGCGGCCCCAGUUCGCUCCGUGUCAAGUGGCCACCUUCCCUCAGCCAGAGUGAGGGGAAAUAUGUGGCUGUGUUUUUGAUAAGCUGGGCUCAGGUAGCUCUUACACUUGUUAUCAACGAAUCCUUCUACGACCCCUCCUCUCCGUGUCUUAUGGCUCGACCACUUUCUGAAGCUUCCUCUUCAGAGCCCACCGUCGACAUACUCAAGUCAGGUAAGCGAGUUGUGAACCACUUUCGCACCACGUCAAACACAAUAGCAAAGGCCAAAUCUGACCAACGAUCCUCAACUUAUCCCAACUCCCAUCCAGACUCAUCGGCCUCAAAAUCCGAAACCCCGUCAAAGACAUACGACGCAAGCUGCCACUGCGGCGCCAUCAAGUUCUCUCUCACGCUCUCGCCGCCGCUGGAGGACGGGUACAAGGUCCUCAACUGCAACUGCUCCAUCUGCCGGCGCAGCGGGUACCUCCUCAUCUACCCAAAUAAGAAGGACGUCACAUGGCACAACGGCUCGCGCGAAAAGUGCACGAAUUACCGGUUCAACACCAAGACCAAGGACCAGAUGUUUUGUGGUGCCUGCGGAUCGAGUUUGGGGAUUGACUUUCUGGAGGAGGACUAUUAUGGCAUCAGUGCGCGUGCCCUCGACGGAGUCGACCUCGAUGCUCUGACGUAUAAGAAACUCGACGGGCUGAACAGGGUAUCGCCUGCCCAGGACCUGUCCGGCUCGGGAGACAAGGAGGCAAGCACUUGA